GGUCGCCAACUUUAUCCCAUCAGACUUGAUAGCGCUGGCACUGCGGACGAAGCUGAAGAAGAGAUAGUCAAAAGUGGACUAAAGAAAUCGGUGAUAAAAGAUCAUGAAUGCCUCAGCUGA